AUGGUAUUAAAUUCCUCCGUGAUCGUUUUAGUUUCUAGGUUUUUGGUUAGCCUGGUGUUUCUUGACCAAGCUGUUCCUAAAACCUCCUCCUCCUCCUUCUUCUUCUUGCUUUCAGAUGUCAUAGAACGUGCAUGGCAUUCUUUUGAUGCUUUUUUAAACCAGAAGCUUUUUCUUGGGUUUGCUCAUUUGAUUGAAUUCUCAUUUCAUGAGAAUCCUAAACCAAAGCCUCAAGCUGAUCAACCACAUAAUAACAGCAAAGAAGGUGGCAACAACAAUAUCGCAGCUGAGACUUUUACUUUCCGUGAACUGGCCACUGCUACAAAGAAUUUCCGACAAGAAUGUCUAAUUGGAGAAGGUGGGUUUGGAAGAGUUUAUAAGGGAAAACUUGAGACGAGCAACCAGGUAGUGGCUGUGAAGCAACUUGAUAGAAAUGGGUUGCAAGGAAACAGAGAAUUUCUGGUAGAAGUGUUGAUGUUGAGUCUCUUGCAUCAUCAGAAUCUUGUAAAUCUUAUUGGAUAUUGUGCUGAUGGAGAUCAAAGGCUACUGGUAUACGAGUACAUGGCAUAUGGAUCCGUUGAAGACCAUCUAUUAGAUCUUCUCCCAGAGCAAAAGGCAUUGGAUUGGUUCUCAAGAAUGAGAAUCGCAUUAGGUGCUGCUAAGGGAUUAGAGUAUUUGCAUGAUAAUGCCAACCCUCCAGUGAUAUAUCGGGACAUGAAAUCAUCAAACAUUUUGCUGGACGAGAACUACAAUGCGAAACUGUCUGAUUUCGGACUAGCCAAGCUGGGACCUGUCGGAGAUAGCACACAUGUUUCUUCCAGAGUAAUGGGAACAUAUGGUUAUUGUGCUCCGGAGUAUCAAAGAACAGGCAAAUUGACAACUAAAUCAGAUGUAUACAGCUUUGGAGUUGUUUUACUGGAAUUGAUUACAGGAAGAAGAGUUAUUGACACCACCAGACCGACAGACGAGCAAAAUCUAGUCGCCUGGGCACAACCAUUGUUCAAGGAACCAAACAGAUACUCAGAAAUCGCUGAUCCACUUCUGCUAGGAGAAUUCCCAGUUAAAGGGCUAAAUCAAGCAGUUGCAGUAGCAGCAAUGUGUCUACAAGAGGAAGCAGGAGUUCGGCCAUUGAUGAGCGAUGUAGUUAGUGCUCUGAGUUGCCUUGGAGGAAGUCCAGCUGAAGCAGGAGCUGUUACACAUGAUUCUUUACCUUCACCGCCAUCAGAACAUGUCGGAGAUGAUGAAGACAGCACACGAGAACGUCAACUAGCAGUGGCAGAAGCCAUGGAAUGGGGCUCAAACUCAAGGCAUGCAAGGUCUCAGUAUGGAAGUUCUUCUUCAUUGUAA